AUGAGAAAUGCAAUAAUGAAAAUAUCUUUUUCUUCCCACAUCAGCUCUUCGUCUUUCCUUCUUGAUGUGCAAGAGUAUUGAUAUUCAAAAUUUAACAGAGCUUCAGAUUCAAUACCACUGAAAUUCUUCUGAUUUUCAUCCCUGCAAUUUCUCCCGAUCAAUUUUUUGUUGUUUCCGAUCUUGAUAUCUGUUUCCGAUCCAUUUUAGAAACGUACUUCCGAUCAAUUUUCGCGAUGACCUCAAAUCCAAAUUCUGGAAAUUUAGCUUCUUCAGAUCCUCUCUAUUUCCAUCCAUCCGAUCGCCCUGGAUUGUUGCUCGUCUCUAAGCAAUUCAAUGGUGAAGGCUUUGGAUCCUGGAAGAAAUCCAUGUCGAUAGCUUUAUCUACUAAAAACAAGUUCGAUUUUGUCAGCGGCAAAAUUGCUAAACCUAACGGUGAUCCUAUUCGGCUAAGUCAUUUGCAGAGGUGUAAUGACAUGGUAACUUCAUGGAUUCAGAAUGAAAUCAAUUCAACCCGUCAAGGAAAUCUUGAUAUUGCAGCUUAUUACACCAAGUUGAAGAAAAGUUGGGAUGAGCUUAGUGCUAUCACAAAAUCCCCUGAUUGCACAUGUGGAGCUAUCCAAGCCUUACUUAAACAUGAUCAGGAUCAGAAACUGAUUCAAUACUUGAUGGGGCUAAACUAUGCAUACACUACAACGCGUGGAAAUUUGUUGAUGAUGAAACCUUUACCUACAGUUACUCAAGCUUACAAUGGGUUGAUACAGGAAGAAAAACAGAGAGAAGUUCAAGUUCCCAACCAAAUUUUACCUGAUCAUUCUUCUCUAAAUGUUGCCAAACCUGCAUAUAGAAAUUACAAUGGGAUCAUGAAAACUGACACUAAGAGAUCCCUAUUCUGUGAACAUUAUUACAAGAAACCUGGACAUCUAGCUAAUAGAUGCUUCAAGCUAAUUGGCUUCCCAAAGGAUUUCAAGUUUACAAAAGGGAAGAAUGCGUCAGCACACUCGGCCAAUGUCGAGGAAUCACACAAAACCAUUCCCGAAACAGAGAUGCAUGUCAAUUCUGAUCUCUGCAAUCAAUUUUUGAAGUUUCUUUCUAAUGUUCAGACCAAUGGGAUCAAUCAAGACAAUAAUCAGUCUAUUUCAUCUGCUUUUCACGUUGUUCAUCAGAACUCCAUAGCUCAUUCGGCUUGUUCAGGCUUGGACAAAACUUCAAAUAUGUAUAAAGUUGGCAAAGGAACUACUGAUAUCCUGCCCGAGUUCUUGAAUUUGUACGACGACACCAGAGGCCAUAUCAUUUUUCUGAAAAAAGUGGUCAUAUCAAUUAAUAUCAAGGAAAACUGAAAGAUCUCAAAGUUGGACAUAUUCCAUAUUCAAAGUCUCUUAACUCUAUUGAUGGCAUCAUCAGCCUUGACCGCCUUUAUUAGCUGCGAAAAGCAGUGGCGCGCAUGGAGAUAUCGACGACCGGCGACGCCACAACAGUAGGCUCGAGGGAGGCGGCGAGCAGACCUGACUUGGCCCCUCCCUGAUUCCGGCGUGGGUGGCAGCAGCGACGGCGACCUCCGCAGGUUCUGGCGAUCUGCCACUGCGACGACGUGGACUCAAUCCGACGGUGACCGCCACAGUCCGACGAGUUGUGCCUGCGACGGAAGCGGCAGAUCUGGUGUAGCUCCACCUCUGUUCCGGCGACUCCCUCCGGCAACGAGUGUAGACAGCGGGGUGAACAACGACUAGGUCCGGCGACGGUCUGAGCUGACCGGGGCAGCAACUCCGAUGACUCUGACAGUAGAUUGGAACCAGCGGAGGUACUCUGGCGAUUGGCCUCCAGCGACCAGCGACAUCUGGGCUUCGAUUGGAUGAGUUCGGGCAGGCUUGGGCAGCAGCGGGCUGGCCGGCGGUUAUGCCCGGAUGGCGUUGGGUGUUCCAGGAAGUUGUCGACGAGAUCGGACAUCCACGAAAGUCGUGGACAGCGGAAUCGUGCUCCAG